AUGAAGACCUUCCUCGCUCUCGGUGCUCUGGUAGCCCUUUUCCAGUCUACCUCAUGUCUCGAACGGGGAGUGUAUCAGAUCAAACCUGGGACUCGAUUCCAUCCUCUGGUUCUGACUGACAUAGGUGAUAUUGGCGACGCACUGGAAUUUACUGCCGCGACUGGCGCUCCUACUCAGGCCUGGUCGUUCACUCCUACUGACGGCAAUACCGAUGAAUUCAUGAUCCAGAACCAUCAAGGUUCCUAUCUCUAUUGUCGUAAAGAGGUGGGCUCUUCUUGCCUUGCCGGCAAGGACCCUCAAACCUUCAUUGCUAGACGCACUCUCUUGGGUACAUAUGAGCUCGUUGCAAAGGACUCUGGUUAUUUCAUACACAGCAAUAGUAGAUGGUUGGAAGUUGCCGAAACGGCCGAUAGCUUCGAAGGGGUGUUUGCCUUGGUCCCGAUAAAUUGGCAUGUCACCCCAAUGUCCCUACUUAAAAACAAUUCAUGA